AUGUCCCAACAGACAUAAGUGUGUUCAAACUGUAGAGCCUAAAUCGCAGAGACAGUAUUUUCAUUGCAUGAAAUCUAUUGCAUUCGUAAUAACAUAGAAUGUAAGAGAUGUGGAUAAUUCUUUGAUAAGAAUGACCCAUAAUCUCAUGAAGAAGAAUUUCAUAAAGGAACUAAAUGCGAAUUUUGUAAAGAAAUAUUCUAAGGUACUUCAUUAUAUCAAUGUAGAUAUAUCAAAACAUACAAAAUGUCUUAAACAACCAGUCCCUUGUAUAUAUUGUGGAUUAGAUUAAACUAAAGAUUAAAUAUUUUAACAUGAAAAUUUAUGCGGAAGUAGAACAGAAAAGUGUGAUAUAUGCAAACAAUAUAUUAUGAUUAGAGAUUUAAAUAAACAUUUAACUACAUGUGUACCUCCAAAACCAAAAGAAUCAGUUUAAGAAAAAUAACCAACUUAAAAAACAGUUGAAAAUAGAUAAAUUCCAUAACAACCUUAAUAAAGUGUUUAACCACCUAAGCCUGAUUAUAAGAAUUUUGAUUAUAAAUAUAAACUUCAAGCAGAAGCUGAAUAAGUUAGUAGACCAUAACAAUAAGUAUAAGCAAAACAUGAAAUAUUUGGUUAUGAAAAACCAUCAAUACCUUACAAUUAAUAAUAAUAAUAAUAAUAAUAAUAAUAAUAAAUUAGAUAACCUAUUAAUAAGUAUGAUAAACCAAUUGAAACUAGAACAGAUAAUCAUUCUUAAAAUAGAAAAACUCCAUAAUAAUAUUACAAUUUCAAUUAAUAGUAAUAACAAAUUGCAGUUGAAUAAAAAAAUAAACCCAAAGAUUAUCCACUUCAACCAACAACAAAUGUCAUUAAAAGAUAAGCUUCUGGUAAUUAAGAGGUUAGAAAUGUAUAUCCCUAAUAAGAAAAAUUAACUGAUAAAUAUGCUUAUUAAUAGUCUAACUAAUAGAAGUGUCCAGAUAGAAAGACAAAUGAAUAAAGAUAAUAUGAUCCUAAUUCUUAUUUAAAUAGAUAAUAAGAGAAUAAAUACUAUGAUAAUAAAUAAUUUGAUAUGAGAGGAAUUGAUAAAAAAUAAUCAGAUCAAAAUUUACAUAGAUAAUAUAGUUAACAACCCUAAUAAAAAAAAUAGUAUAAUAAAUUAUAAAAUUUUAGAUAAUAACCAAAAGCUGUUGAUGAUGAUAUAGAUUACUUGGCUUUGGGUCUUACAAGGGAAGAAAUUGAAUAAUAGAAAGCUUAUUUAGAAAGUUUAUAGUAGUAAAGAAAACCUUAAGAAUCUUAGCCCAAAGCCUAAGAUUAUAAGCCUAGAUAAGAUUAUUAUUAGGCAGCUAGAGCAUAUAAAUGA